AUUAAAUGUGAAAAAAAUAUGUUGGUAUGAAACAGAAUGGAAAGAACGAUUGCUCCGCCAGGUUGCUAGGCGGACGACAAUGACCGGAGCAUCGGCGGCGUGCGUUUUCUGCCAAAUUGCUCGUGCUACCACCGCCACCACUCUACUCCACUCCGAUGACAGGGUCGUUGCCUUUCAAGAUAUCAACCCAUCUGCAUACAGGCAUUACCUGGUGAUCCCUGUUGCACACAUUCCAACAGUUAAGGACCUUGAUAGGCGUCCUGAAGACUUUGCAUUGGUGAGUCACAUGUUUCAGGUGGGACAAACUCUGAUGUCGAGAGAUGCGCCUCAGUCCAAACACAGAUUUGGCUUCCAUCAGCCUCCAUUUAACAGUGUUGACCAUCUCCACCUCCAUUGUUUUGCACUUCCCUUUAUACCAAAAUGGAAACAUAUAAAAUACUUGUCAAUGGGACCUCUUGGUGGAUUUAUUGAAGCCGAGAAGUUAUUGGAGAAGAUAACACCAUAAAUCUUUCUUCUUAUUCUUAUGUUACAAUGCCUGGUCUUUCUUCUCGUAGGCAUAUCUCUAAUUUUCAAUUAAUUUAUAAACUAAUAAGUAAAUAGUUACAAAGAUAAGUUCAAAUAUAACAUUAUAUUAUGGGAAACUUGUCCAACAUAUGCUUGAUUGUGGCUUGCUUCAUUAUUGAACAAUUUGUCCAUGCUGCUUUUGUUGUUGUUUGGCUAGACAUAAAGCCAUGGACAACAAAAUUAGGUUAUUGUUUGGCUUUUCAUUUCAUUGACUCAAUAUUGUUUCAUC